AUGGUUCUGCAUUCGGACCUCGUUAUAACGCAGCUCGACGAGGACCUCAAAUGCAGCAAACUGGACAGCCUGAGAAGCAGUAGAAGCGAAACUGCUCAUGGAGCUCCACCGAACCGAAAAAAAAACUACCCAAGCCCCACGUACAAACUUAUCCAUUCCCCACCCCACCACCCCACACCAAACCCACCCGCCUUCUCGGGUCGAACCCCACCCCCGACCACCUCCCACCCUGCAGCGGUGCCCCCAUCCCCGACCACCUUCCACCCCGCGGCGCCUACUUCUCCCCUUCCCAGUGGAUCCCGGCCCAGCGGCGGGGAACUGCUCUGGCCAACUUUCUCGCCCCCCUGCGCCGCUGCCCACCCCGCAUUGUGCGCCGCCGCCCGCACCGACCACCAACCUGCUCUGCAUCUGCCUCAGUCUGGCGAUAUACCUCAGAUCCAGCUCUCCCUCACGCUGCUGGUGAGAUUCACCUCGCCGGAUCCAGUGGCUGAGGCCACAGAUCGUUCGAUCCCGAGCGGAUCUGUCGAUGUGAGCCGCGAGAAAACAACACCGUUUGGUGCACGUGGUGGAGCAGCUCCACCACGACGACCAUGGCGGAGAGCCAGGCCCGGCGCAGUGCCCUCCUCUCGAUGCCGCCUCUCACCCCCCGUUCAAUGCGUCGGUGUUGGACCCCGGUGGCCUCGAGUGAACUGCAGCGGAGUCGCCCGGGAUUGGCUACCCAUCAGCAAGCGAAUCUGGAGGCCCCAAGUUGCCGGCGGCAAAGCUCUGGAUCGAGUCGAGCCGCUAGCCGUCUCAUCCGCCACUGGAGCAGCACGACCUUGCCGGUGCAGUGCACCGCGACUCCCACGUUCAGUGCAGUGGUUCCCUUUGCCUUAAGGUGUUUUUCAAAGGGAUACCAAAAAAGAGGUUCAAACGGCGUGCAAUAUACGGUGGAGCGCUGCUACACUCCGCUGUCGAGCGACAGCCACAAAACGAUGCCAGCAUGCAGUUCGGUACCAAACGCGAUGCACCCCGGGCAUGAGAGUUCCUUCGGGCAUCAACUUGAAGUGCACAUGGUGUGAGAGUGGUGUGCAGUUUGAUAGAUGGUGUGGUGCGGUGUGCACGGGCACGUUCCCGUGCAGUGCAGCAUGCGGGUUCUUACAGUGCGGAAACAUCGGUGUUGUAUGUAUGUCGUUGGCUCAUCAUGCAAUUUACUCGACGCUCUUGUGGAGUGCACAACCCA